GAGAGAGCCACCGUACCGACUCACACCGGAGCAGGAAUACGGGCACUCCGAACGCGAUUAUGUCUGGAUCCUCACCGUGUCGGUCCAAAACACGGUGCUGCGUUUUCUAUCGUGGGCUGUACAGGUUAAUGUAUUAGGGAGGGCUGUGAUGUUAUUCUACGGGUAGCUGGUAACAUAGCAGGCCUGUUUAUUGCGCUGCCAACCCUUGUUCCUUUCCUGUGUCAAUGAUUGUCCUCCCCUCACUCUCAUGGCGGAGACUAAAAUAAUAUAUCACAUAGACGAGGAGGAGACUCCUUAUCUGGUCAAACUCUCCGUUUCUCCAGAGAAAGUCACCUUAGCGGAUUUUAAAAAUGUCCUCAACAAUCGUCCGGUCAACAGCUACAAAUUCUUCUUCAAAUCCAUGGACCAGGAUUUUGGGGUUGUCAAAGAAGAGAUUUCCGAUGACAACGCCAAGCUGCCCUGCUUCAACGGGAGAGUGGUGUCCUGGUUGGUCCUGGCAGAAAGCGCCCACUCUGAUGGAGGAUCUCAGUGCACGGAGAGCCAUCCAGAGCUGCCCCCUCCUCUCGAGAGAACAGGGGGCAUCGGAGACUCGCGGCCCCCCUCCUUCCAUGCCAAUGCGGUGAGCAGUCGAGAUGGCCUGGACACCGAGACGGGAACAGAGUCUCUCCUGAGCCACCGCAGAGAGCGAGAGAGAGAGCGGGCACGGAGGAGAGCUCGAGAAACCGAGCUCCCUCGUAUCAACGGUCACUCCAAAUCAGAGCGCACCGCGAGGGACUCAGCCAUGGGUUACGACAGCGCCUCAGUAAUGAGCAGCGAGCUGGAGUCCAGCUCAUUUGUUGACAGCGAGGAAGACGAGGAUGCUAGCAGGCUCAGUAGCUCCACAGAACAGAGUUCUUCUUCGCAGCUGAUGCGCAGACACAAGCGCCGCCGACGGAGGCACAAAGUGGCCAAAAUAGAUCGGUCUUCAUCCUUCAGCAGUAUCACCGACUCCACGAUGAGCCUCAACAUCAUCACCGUCACGCUCAACAUGGAGAAAUACAACUUUUUAGGUAUCAGUAUUGUUGGUCAGAGUAACGACCGGGGAGACGGCGGCAUUUACAUCGGCUCUAUCAUGAAAGGAGGCGCUGUGGCUGCUGAUGGAAGAAUAGAACCAGGAGAUAUGCUCCUCCAGGUGAAUGACGUAAACUUUGAGAACAUGAGCAAUGACGAUGCCGUGAGGAUCCUCAGAGAGAUUGUAUCCAAAACUGGUCCUAUUAGUCUUACUGUUGCCAAAUGUUGGGACCCAUCUCCACGAAGCUACUUCACCAUCCCUCGUGCUGAGCCGGUGAGACCCAUCGACCCAGCAGCCUGGAUUUCACACACCACCGCUCUGACAGGACCUUACCCUCACUAUGGUAAAAGCAACCAGUCACCACCUCCACCACACUCCAUGAAGCAUCCAUACUGCGAGUUCGACGACUUGCCUCUAUCGGCAAGUAAAACAGACAUGGCGACCAUCGUCAAGGUGAUGCAGCUGCCUGACUCUGGCCUAGAGAUUCGAGACAGGAUGUGGUUGAAGAUCACCAUCGCCAACGCUGUCAUUGGUGCUGACGUGGUGGACUGGCUUUACUCCAGAGUAGAAGGAUUCAAGGACCGACGGGAUGCGAGGAAGUAUGCUAGCAGUCUGCUGAAACAUGGUUACCUGAGACACACCGUCAACAAGAUCACCUUCUCCGAGCAGUGCUACUACACCUUCGGGGACCUCUGCCAAAACAUGGCAUCACUCAAUUUGAAUGAGGGAUCCAGCGGCGGAGGCUCUGAGCAGGACACUCUGGCACCGCUCCCUCCCACCAGCAACCCCUGGCCCCUGGGCGGGCAGCCAUUCCCCUACCCUCCCUUUCCCUCCGCACCCCCCAGCUUCCCGCCAGGAUACUCAGACCCAUGCCACAGUUUCCACAGUGGGAGCGCCGGCAGCCAGCACAGCGAGGGAAGCCGAAGCAGUGGAUCCAACCCCAGCGCAGGCAAAGGUAGACGCUCCUCCCCACAGGAGAAGGGUCAAAGGUCAACAUGCAGCGAAUCAGAGCCCCGCGUCCGUGGAGGGAGGCGCGGCGACAGGUCCGCCAGCCAAAUGAGCCAUCACAGCCACGCCGUCUCCAGUCACAGUCACGCCCGAUCAAGUCUCAGUCACAGCCAGUCACACAGGAGUCACCCCCACUCACAGAACAGCCACCCCUCCUUCACCUACAGCCACGCCCCCUUCACCCAGCCAGGGCCGGGCUCGUGCGCCCACAGCGAGCAAAGCCAUGCCUCCUCCUACGGCCCCCCAGGCUUGCCUCCCCCUUAUUGUCUGGCCCGUCUGGCCCCCAAGACCUCAGUCAGCAGCAGCACGCCCCCCGGAGCCCCUCCUGGGAGAGAGUUAGCGGCCGUUCCUCCUGAGCUCACCGCCAGUCGCCAGUCCUUCCAGCACGCUAUGGGCAAUCCCUGUGAGUUCUUUGUUGACAUCAUGUGACAGGACAGUGCCUUCAGAACUCAUCGAGCACAAAACAGUUCUCUUCGACCCCCUUCUCUCUGCCCUCUCAAUCUUUUGCCUCUGACCAAGUUCAGAAUGUAGACACUGACUGACCCUCUCCCUACCUACCUACCCCCCGCCCUCCCCGCUAUCUGUCUAUCCCUCUGAUGUCCGAGCAAAGGAAUACAGGCAGCAAGAGCACAACAGGAGGGCGGCCUCUCUCUCACACACACAAGCACGGGUCCUCUGUGGCUGAAAACCCUCUUUUGUAUUGACGUGACGUGUACAGUUUGUGAAACGUGAGUGGUAUUCGAUGUGGUGAUUCUUUAAAGCUGCCACGCAGACAUUCUCGGGAGUGUGUACUCUACCUAGGAUAUUUUCUGUUCUGCAAGACCUUUAAGCUGGCUGGGCCUGGAUCUCAAUCCCCCAGACCCAGGCCAACACCUACAGCCUGCACUUAGGAGCAUUUCUCUGGGCCUAGAACUUGGAAUUGAUCUCAUGACUCAUAUCUGUUUGUACAGAUACAAUUCAGCACGUUACAGAAAACCUCUGGCCCCGUUUCCUUUACACUGUGGCAUCGCCACCGGCUUAUUUAAGCUCUUACCUGCCAACUACUAAAAACGCUAACCUUGAUCAGUUCACAAUCCGUGGAUGUUUUCUUCAUAAGGGAGGCCCCGUAGCCAGCCAUUAGUUUAACUAGGCUGCAUAUUGCAUGACUGUCUCAACUGCUUUAAAGAAAAGAAAUUUUAUUAAUACAUUUUGUUUAAAGUAUUACCAUUGUUGGGGGGGUGGGGUUACCUCUUGCCAAUGUUCGAAAGGAAGAAUCCGUACACUGGAUGAUUUUUGUGAUGUUAUUUAUGUGAUCAUGUUGCAUUGAUGGUGUCAUACUUUGUCUACUAAGGCUGACUGACAGACAAUCAGACAUCACCCUUUGUGAAUCAGUGGCCAGUUUCCACUGUCCUAGCUGUGCUUUGUCGAAUGUAUCAUUAUUCCUGUCGGUGAUUAAACCCUGACAUUCAUGACACUUUGGUUUAAACACAUUUAAGUGAGCAAGUCAACUUACAAACAGGAUUGCAAACAGUGGACGCCCGCCACAGCCGUGAAAGCAAACUCAAAGUGUUGACAGGAGAUUUGCUGAGAGCGUCAUGGUCGUCUCCUUCGUAGCGAGUGUGCGCUUCGAUAAAAAGUCAGUGCGUUAAAAGCCAAAGCCUCACGCUGUGUGGUGGAUAUUUCUUUACAAUGUAGAAGCUGCCUGUGAUCUCUCUGUGGAUCAUCUGGCACUUCUCAUUUUGCGACUUCAAAGUGACUUCAAGGGGAAUCCUGGCCUUCAGAUUCUGAUCUCCUUGCAAAACAAUGGCAAACCCCUGUUGUAUCUACCUAAAAUAUGGUUACAAGAGGGAAGUAACACACAGACACUUGUUUUAUGAGCACUUUUCCAUUUUGUCUCUCCCUCCCUUUAGUAUGAAACACUGUUUGCAAUCAAAGCUUUCUCUUUAAUUUUGUUUCUUUACGAAAGAAGAAUAAAUUGUACAUAGAAAUUUAUUAUAUAUAUGAAUAAAAAAUAUAUAUGUUCAAAACUCUGUCUGCAUUUUCCAUGAUAAUCACCUGUAGUGUUUUAUUAAGGAAAAUUCUUCACUAUAAAAUUCACUUCUUUUUUUUUCUUUUCUUCUUUUCUUCUUCUUCUUUUUCUUUUUUUUCAGAAGACCACUAGAGGGAGACAGUCAAUGUGUGAUUCACUCCCACUUACCCAGUUUAGUUUUAAACUUUAAUAUUUACAAUGUAUUUUCUGUGGUAAUAAUUGCCAGUUUGAAUUAGGCACAAGCAAUUUAAAUGUUUUCUUGACGCAAUAAAGUCGGUUUCUGAAAGUGGUCAUUAAGCAGAC